CAACUCUAUGAGUAUCACUACAUUAAUGAGGAAAAGACCUGGACUGAAGCUCAGCAGUACUGCAGAGAGAAACACACUGACCUGGCCACAGUGUCUAACAUGGCAGACAUGAGGAGACUUCUCAGUAACUCAGCAGGAAACAUGACAGAAGCUUGGAUUGGUCUGUAUGAUCAGAGAGAUGGUAUCAGAACAUGGUACUGGUCUCUGCCUGGAGUGGAGUUCAAUGAGGCAAACUGGAAUGAAGGAGAACCGAAUGACAUAAUAACUGAAAACUGUGGGUUUAUAAAUACUAUAAAAUGGGGAGACAUAUCUUGCAACAGGAAACUGUUCUUUCUAUGCUAUAAAAAAAAUAAAACAUCAGAGAAAUUCUUCUUAAUUGAAGAGGAGAAGACCUGGCUGGAAGCUCAGAGUUACUGCAGAGAUAAACACACAGACCUGAGCAGUGGACUGGACCAGCUGAAUGACGACCAACUGAAAGAUGUUCUACCUAAAAAUAAAAAUGUGUUUAUUGGUCUGUUCAGAGACACCUGGAGGUGGUCAGAUGGAAGCAGCUUUUCUUUCAGACACUGGAACCUUAUGUUUAAUGAUGAGAAAUACAACAGUGGUCAAUGUGCCAUGACUGUGUUUGAUGAUGGAGGCAGAUGGAAGAAUGAGGACUGUACGGCGAAAAAACCCUUCAUCUGUUAUGAUGACAACAUGAUCUUGAUUCAAGAAAACAAAACAUGGGAAGAAGCCUUACGCUACUGCAGAACUCACUACCGUGACCUGGUCACCAUCUCCAACCUUGAUGAGCAGAGGUCCGUCCAGCAGGAAACCCAGUUUGCCUCGAGUCCUUUUGUUUGGAUGGGACUGCACUAUGCCUGCACUCUAGAUGUGUGGUUCUGGGUCACUGAUGAAGUUCUCAUUUUUGAGAACUGGGCCUCAGAAUUAAAGAUAGAUGACUGUGACAUGUCUGGAGCCAUGCAGCAAGAAGGAGAACAUAAGUGGGUGAAAGAAAAUGUUAGUGAGAAGUUUAAUUUCAUCUGUUCCAAGUGUUAAGUUUUGCAUGUUGAUGUACUAUAAUCAAACAAUAGCAAAGGUCACAGAUAUGUGAUAUUCUAAGUAGAAAUUCAACUAAAGGAAAAGAUUAUCAAUUUGAAAACAUUGAAGGUAUAUUAAUAAGAAAGGAUUAAACACUAGCAAAGUUUCACAAUAUCUACAACAGUAUAUAUAUGCAUAGAUUGUGUUGUGAUACAAAACUGUAGUUUAUUCUGUGCUUUUUAUUUCAUUUUUUUUCUCUUCUUUAGUUUCAGUCCAAAAUGGGCUAAAAUAUUUACUUUUACUUAUUACAACAAUCAUUUCUUGUGUGUGAUGCUCUGUAAGGUGUGCAGAAGUUUAAUCACA